AUGAAAUCCAAGAAAAUCAACCCUACGUUUGGAGCCGGAGUGACCUUCAACGAGGGACUUGCUCAUCUACGCACAAGACUACAGGAAGAUCAGGCCCGCAUUGCCGCGUUAGAAGGUAUCCUGGCCCGCCUUACUGCCGAUGUUCAAGCGGCGAAGAGGAAGAAGGACGAGCUCGAGGAGGAGCUCAAGGAGGGCACCGCUAAGAAGAUUUAA